AUGGAACAGAGAAAAGAAAACAUAGUAAUGUUCCCAUUCAUGGCACAAGGCCAUAUAAUUCCAUUCUUAGCAUUAGCCCUCGAACUAGAACAAAAGGUUUACACCAUAACCUUCGUCAACACCCCUCUCAACAUCAAGAAACUCCGAUCAUCUCUCUCAUCCACCUCCACCAUUCGCCUCCAUGAAAUCCCGUUCAACAGCUCCGAUCACGGCCUCCCUCCCCGUUGCCAAAACACCGACGUCCUUCCCCACCACCUCAUAACCCACUUCCUCACAAUCUGUCCCUCUCUUGAACCCUCCUUCAGAAAGCUGCUGUCCGAUCUCAUCCAAGAAAACGGCGGCGUUAAGCCUCUGUGUGUGAUCGGAGACUUCUUUUUCGGGUGGUCGGCCGGCGUAGCCCAUGAGUUCGGGGUGUUUCAUGCAAUAUUCAGUGGCCGCGGCGGGUUUGGAUUAGCUUGUUACUACUCUACGUGGUUGAAUUUGCCUCACAAGAAAACUGAUUCAUCUGAGUUCACUUUACCGGAUUUUCCAGAAGCCGGAAAAAUUCACCGGACUCAGCUGACGCCGAGUUAUUUGUCGGCGAGUGACACUGAUCCUUCCACUCUAUUUCAAUGGAAAAACCUUCCGGUGUGGUCCAAUUCUGAUGGGUUUUUGUUUAACACAUGGAAGGCAGAGCUCGAGCUGUUAAAGUAUCAGGAAUUUCUGCUGAUGGAGAAGAUUGAGUUGGUGAUGAGUGAGAAUGAGAGGGGACAUGAAAUAAGGACGAAAGCUUGUGAGGUUCAGGAGAUGAUCAAGGAUAGCAUUAGAGAUGAGGAGGAGUUCAAGGGGUCUUCUGUGAAAGCCAUGGAUGAGUUCUUCAAAGCUGUAUUGUUGAUGAAGGAGAAUAACUAG